CGCUCGAGAAGCCGGAAGGAACAGCGGCAGCAGCAGUAGCAGCAGCAAGUACAUGUAGUCCGGCCCUUAGCGCGAGCCGCACGGGGCUCUGCGCGGUCACAGGGCCGGCACCUGCCAUGUGGGGGGUGGGAGGCCCCGGGGCAGCUGCGGCGAGCGUCUCCUUGAGCGGCGCCCGGGACUGCUUCCUGCACCUGCCGCCUGGGUUGGCUUCCAGCCUCCGUCUGCAGCAGGAUCAAGCUGUGAAAGCUUCUUGGGGCAAUCAGCCUGUUUUCUUCGGCUGGACAGAAAUCAGAAAUUGUGGUCAGCAUGCUGGAAAUGUUGUAGAAAUGAACAGACAACUGGCAGAGAAACUUGGCAUCAAAGAUGGGCAACAGAUCUUCCUCGAGCCCUGUUCUCAAGUCUUGUCCUGUCAGCAAGUAGAAGUGGAACCCCUCUCAGCAGAUGAUUGGGAGAUCCUGGAGCUGCAUGCUUUCUCACUUGAAAGCCAUCUUCUUGACCAAAUUCGAAUAGUGUUUCCCAAAGCUGUCUUCCCAGUUUGGGUUGAACAACACACUUGUAUUUAUAUCCAGAUUGUUACUCUAAAACCUGCUGCUCUUUAUGGGAGACUGGAAGCUCGUACAGAGCUUUUCAUACGCCCCAAAGUACGUCAGUAUGAAGGAACUUCCACCACGCUGCCUUCCCCAAAAAGUGACAUCUUACAGGACAAUGUUCCUAAAACCAUGUUGGAUCCAAGAGCAACAACUAAGGAAUUAUGUGCUAAAGAAACUAAUUUAAAUAUGGGAGUCCAAGGGCCUAAGCCAGAUGUAAAGGCAUCAUUAACUGCAAGUGUCCUGCCAAACAUAUGGAAUUUAAUUGGGAACAUUUUCUCUUCUGACAAAGAGCAGGAGGCUUCUCGUGACACAGGUGAACUGAAUGCUGCCAAAGAUGGGCUGUUAAACUUGAUUCACAUGGAUUCUGUUUUCAGAGUAUGCCAGAUUCAGCCCCCCAGUGUGCAAAAUACAUUGGCAACAUGUACGUUUCAGAAAUGCAAUGCCAUUCAUGUAUUUCCAUGGAAUCUAGAAUUCCCUGCUUUGGAAGCUAAUAUUAAAGUGUCUUACGGGAAAAUCACUACACUGCUCUCUCCAAGACAGCAGCAUCAAGAGUCAAAGCAGAAUCCAAUGUCAAAGAAAGAAAAACAGAUGAUCAAUGGAGAAGACAAAGAGCAAUCCGACCCUAGUAAAAGUCAAGAAUCCAAUGAGAUAUCUAUUGUACAAAUAAUAUGGAAUGGAUUUGAGGAUCUAAAGAGUGCUAUAAUAUGUAAUAACAACAUGGAACAACUGCAUGUCGGAAGAGUUUGGAUACCAGAAGGGUUGAGAGGGAGACUACACAUAGAAAUGCAUUCAGCUGUCAGAAUCACAUCAGUGAACUUGGAUCCUAAAAUUCCAUCAUCUAUUAAAUUGUAUCCCAAAAAAUAUUUAAAUAAAGAUAUCGGUGACGAUGAAAUUAAAAAUGCCUUUAAUUUGUGGAUAGAGGAUUAUAGCAAACUUCCCUUGCUAAUAGCAGGCACAAAUGAUAUACAAUUAGCUCUUAAAGAUGGUAUGGAGGACUUUGUCCUCAGUGUCAUUACUUCUGAAGAGGAGAAGGCAAAAAACACUUACAUCCUGAGUCCCAGCUUGUUGCAGAAGACAAAUAUGCAAGUUCUGGUACAUCCUGUGACCUCAGUAGCCAAUGGCAGUGGUGCACAAUCUUCUUGUGAGCAGCAGCUUCCAUGGUUUGGUCUGAACUGUUUAGGAGGAGUUGAUAAUUUAGCAGUAUCGUCUUUGAAGCAUGUAUCUCACAGCCUUUUGAAACGACCACUGUCUCAAAAGCUUGCUCCCAUAUCUGCAGGACUAUGUAGUGGAGGUAUCCUGGUUACUGGAGCAAAGGGAAGUGGCAAGACAACUUUAGCAAAAGCCAUCUGCAAAGAAGCAUUUGAUAGACUGGAUGCCCAUGUGGAAGUAGUUAACUGCAAAGCUUUAAGAGGAAAGAGAUUAGAAAACAUACGGAAAAAAAUGGAAGAAGUUUUUCUAGAGGCAGGAUGGAAACAACCAUCUGUUGUUUUGCUAGAUGACCUUGAUCACAUAGUUGGAGUACCCCUUGCUCCGGAGCAUGAGAACAGUCCUGAAGCUGUCCAGAGUACUCGCCUUGCUCAUGUUUUGACAGAUAUGAUAAAAGAAGUUAUUUCUGUGCACAGUUUGAUUGCACUCAUUGCCACAAGCCUAUCUGAACAGUCACUACACUCUUCCAUGAUUUCUGCUCAAGGAAUUCACAUAUUUCAAUGUUUCCAACAUAUCCAGGCUCCAAAUCAGGGACAAAGGUGUGAAAUACUUCGUUCCAUAAUAAAAAAUAAACUUGACUCCAAUAUAGACAGGUUUUGUAAUCUUGAUCUCCAUCUAAUUGCAAAGGAAACAGAAGGAUUUGUAGCUAGAGAUCUGACAAUGUUAGUUGAACGUGCUGUACACUCAUCUGUUUCUAGCAAAGGAACGUGUAAAAAAGAAGAUUUGAUUCUGUCAACAUCAGACUUCCAAAAAGCUUUAGAAGGUUUUACCCCAACAUCUUUGAGAAACGUUAACCUCCAUAAGCCUCAGGAGUUUGGCUGGGAGAGAAUUGGUGGCCUCAAGGAGAUACAACAAGUGCUUAUAGAUACUAUCCAAUUACCUGCCAAGUAUCCAGAAUUAUUUGCAAACCUGCCCAUACGACAAAGAAGAGGAAUCUUACUAUAUGGGGCUCCAGGAACAGGGAAAACUUUGUUAGCAGGUGUAGUUGCCCGAGAAAGUGGAAUGAAUUUUAUCAGCAUCAAGGGACCAGAACUGCUCAGCAAAUACAUUGGAGCAAGUGAACAAGCAGUUCGAGAUGUAUUUAACAGAGCACAGGCAGCCAAGCCUUGCAUACUUUUCUUUGAUGAAUUUGAUUCCCUUGCUCCUCGAAGAGGUCAUGAUAACACUGGUGUAACUGACCGCGUCGUUAAUCAACUGCUGACUCAACUAGAUGGAGUAGAAGGCUUAGAAGGAGUUUAUGUACUAGCGGCCACUAGUCGCCCUGAUUUGAUUGACCCUGCUCUGUUGAGACCAGGCCGAUUGGAUAAGUGUCUGUAUUGUCCACCUCCUGAUCAGGCUUCCCGAUUGGAAAUUUUAAGAGCACUGAGUCAUUCUCUCCCUCUGGCACAUGAUGUGGAUUUUCAGCAUUUGGCAGAAAAAACGGAACAUUUCACAGGAGCAGACCUAAAAGCUUUACUGUAUAAUGCACAAUUGGAGGCCGUGCAUGCUAAUUUUGGUUCAACUUUGCCCCAAGACAUAGGUUCUAGCUCAGAUAGCGAUCUCAGUCUAUCAUCGAUGGUUUUCUUAAAUCAAAGCAGUGGAUCAGAUGAUUCUGCUGGAGAUGGAGAAGGAGGCUUGGAGCAAUCUCUAGUUUCUCUUGAGAUGUGUGAGCUGCUUCCAGAAGAUCCAAGGUCCAACAUCUAUCGUCUUUACUUUGGCAGUUCCUAUGAAUCAGAGCUCGGCAAUGGAACUGCUUCAGAAAUGAGUUCUCAGUGUUUCUCAGGACCAAACUCCAUAAAUCAUGAUUUAGCUCUGAAGGAUCUAGUAUCCUAUCAGCCCCCAAUUCUAAGAACAGCCUUACAGGAAGGUUAUCAAGAACUUAAUCAAGAACAGAUAGAGCAACUCAGGGCUGAAAUCAAUGCUAUCAAGGCCAACUACAGAAGCAAAAAUGGGGAGGAAGUCACUCCUCCAUCAACAGUACCCAGCAAGAACACUUUAAACAUUACUCAGCUUCACCUGAUGACUGCACUUGGAAACACAAAGCCAUCUAUUAGUCAAGACGACUGGAAUAAUUUUACUGAACUCUACGAUAAUUUUCGCAAUCCAAAGAGGAAAGGGCCCAGUGGAGCAACUUUCAAACCAGGACAAAAAGUGACAUUAGCUUAAUUGCUGUUUAAUGCGUUUAUCCCAAAAUAAUUUUUAAAGUAAAGCAUUUCCAUUAUUAAAUCAUAUUAAAAUAUAUACCUGCGGGUAUGUUAAUGCUGAGAUGACAAAUAAUAGAUUUCUUUGGAAUUAAUUGUUGCAAAAUUGUUUUACAUAAUUUUAGUUUUCAGAUUAUGUCCUCCUAAUAAAAUAUUUGAGAUAUUAUUGGC